AUGGCCGCGCUGCAGGAGAAAAAGUCCUGCAGCCAGCGCAUGGCUGAGUUCCAGAACUACUGCUGGAACCCGGACACRGGCCAGAUGCUGGGCCGCACCCCGAUCCGGUGGGUGUGGAUCAGCCUGUACUACGUGGCCUUCUACGUGGUCAUGACGGGGCUCUUUGCCCUGUGCCUCUACGUCCUGAUGCAGACCAUUGACCCGUACACACCUGACUACCAGGACCAGCUAAAGUCACCAGGGGUGACCCUGAGGCCGGACGUGUACGGGGAGAGAGGGCUGCAGAUCUCCUACAACGUCUCCGACAGCAGCUCCUGGGCGGGCCUCACCCACAGCCUCCACCGCUUCCUGGCAGGCUACUCCCCCGCGGCCCAGCAGGACAACGUGGACUGCACGUCUGAGCAGUACUUCUUCCAGGAGAGCUUCAGAGCUCCCAACCACACCAAGUUCUCCUGCAAGUUCACCGCAGACAUGCUGCAGAACUGCUCCGGCCUGCCCGACCCCGACUUCGGCUUUGGGGAAGGAAAGCCGUGUUUCAUCAUUAAGAUGAACAGGAUCGUCCGGUUCCUGCCCAGCAACGACACGGCCCCCCGAGUGGACUGCACUUUCUUGGACAGGCCCCCCCGGGGUGCGGGGCCCCUGCAGGUGGCCUACUACCCGCCCAACGGCACCUUCAGCCUGCACUACUUCCCCUACUACGGGAAGAAAGCCCAGCCCCACUACAGCAACCCUCUGGUGGCAGCAAAGCUGCUCAACGUCCCCACCAACACAGAGGUUGUCAUCGUGUGCAAGAUUCUCGCGGAGCACGUGACCUUCGACAACCCCCAUGACCCCUACGAAGGGAAGGUGGAAUUCAAACUCAGAAUCCAGGAGUGAGGCAGCCCCUGGGCUCCAGGCCUACCUCCCCGGCCCUGCAGGUCCCUGCGGCCCCGCUGCUCCGGGCUGCUGGAGAGGCG